AUGGACCUCAAAAACCUUUCCAGCAAUUGGAAGAAACUCCAGGAGACGCUGAAAAAGGAUCCCGUCUCCACCUCCACCAAGCGCAAGACUUCGGACCGCGACGUCCAACAUGGUGUGGUGAAGAAACGGAAAUCGGAGGCCGUCGACGGAAAAAAGAAAUUUGAAUCUACUCGCAUCUCAAAAAAGAGGAAAAGGAUGGCUGACGGUUCUGAUGGAGGCGAGAAUGGGGUUCAAGAGACCGCGGGGAAAUCCGCGUCGCGGAGGAAUUCUACCGCUGCAGAAUCGAGGACCGCAAAGGUCAAUGAGGGCCGGUCACCGACUGCUGAACUAGGAAAAUUCGUCGCGAUGGACUGCGAAAUGGUGGGAGUCGGCCCCAACCCCGAUAACGACUCCGCUCUUGCCCGUGUCAGUAUUGUCAACUUCAACGGCGAUCAGGUCUACGACUCUUACGUACGGCCGAAAGAGAUGGUCACGGACUGGCGCACGCAUGUCAGCGGCAUAACCCCCAAGAACAUGGUCGAGGCGCGUUCCCUCGAACAAGUGCAGAAAGACGUGACUAGCAUCCUGGACGGUCGAAUACUUGUGGGACAUGCUUUGAGCAACGACUUCUACGCUCUACUCCUCAGCCACCCCAAGCGCGACGUCAGAGACACCAGCAAGCAUCCCCCAUAUCGCAAGUUGGCCGGAGGGGGCUCUCCCCGUUUGAAGAUGUUGGCCUCGGAAUAUCUGGGAUUGGACAUUCAGAAGGGCGCGCAUUCCAGUGUGGAGGAUGCUAGAGCAACGAUGAUGCUGUAUCGACGGGACAAGGACGCAUUUGAACGGGAGCAUUUGAAGAAGUGGCCGCUGCGAGUUGUAGCUGAGAAGGCUGACAAGGAAGAAGGGGAGGAGCAGAAAAAGAAAAAGAAGAAGAAGAAGAAGACCCGCAAGAGAGCCAUGUUCGCCAUCCAAUCUCAACCGCGAUCUGGAUCCGAAACCGAAAAGACCGCGAACACCUGCACGCCCAAUAUUCUCCCGUGUCGAAUCCACCACGACGGCCCUGUCAGAUCGCUCAAGCGCUAUUGGGAGCCUGUUUCCGAUGAGAAAGACGAGAACCUCCAAACCGCCUACUUUCGUGGUCGUAAAUUGCGCGGCCGACGGGUUGCGAUUCCGGAGGGCUACGAAGGUGUCGUGGCUAUGCCCACUGAACGUGUCCUACCGGCAACCCGCAAAGAGACAGACGACGAGGAUGCGGAGCCCGAGGAGCCGAUCAAAAUCAUCGAAAAACAAGCCACAUUUGAUGAAUUCAUGGUCUGGGAUCAUGAGGUUGUUCCGGCGGCCGACGACACUUAUAUAAAGGGAGUCGAGGAGUGGGUGAAGCUGGCUCAAUUGAUGCAUUCUGCGCCUGAGAGUGAAAAGAAAGAGUCUACAUGA